ACUGAUCACAGGGAGGAGAAAGGGGUUGGUCAAAGCUGAGAAAGAGUCUGAAGAAAGGGAGCGGAGGAGACAGACGACAGGAGCCGCAGCCUGACGCGCGACCAAAAAACCAGCAGGAAAAAUGCCCAAUUUUGAAGGCACCUGGAAAAUGAAGAGCAGCGAGAAUUUUGAGGAGCUGCUCAAAGCUCUGGGUAAGGACGACUGACCUUUUUAUUCUAUGGUCCAAAUUUGUUUAAGAGAGUGAGCUGAAGAUACAGAUAACCUGACAGGAGUCUAUCAUCUGCACUGUGGAUGACCAUACCUGAUCCUAACAAGGUUGAAUUUCUAUGCGGGGGAAUAAAGUUUAUGAUUUGAACAGGUAGAAAACAGCUGCAAAAUUAAUUGAAAUGAAUCUAACUGAUGGAGAUGAUAAUUGUAAGCACAGUACUGGAGAGGAAUUCACAUAAAAUCUGCAGUUAAAUUAGUUUUUUUUAAAUCUAAUUUACAACAAGCCAGCUGGUCUCAUUAUGGCUUUAUCCCGGCACAGGUUUUUACUGCAGUUUUAGUACUUUUGCAUGUUACAGUCAGCGUGGCUGCCAGAUUAAAAAAAUGCACACAUAAAAAUGCUUGGACCAUGACUGGUCUUAAUUAAAGGAGGAGGCGGACUACACAAUAGAGAGAUCAGAGGUGCUCUCUCAUUUUAACUGUUUGCUCUGUAACCGUGCGGCUGAGAGGGUUAAUAGUUUUUCCCACCAGUUUGGAGGACAGAAUCCAUCACGGCGUACAGGCAAGCCAAACAAAGCACAAACCAGCAGCAUUCCUCCCUCUCAUCACCUUGUCACUUCAGCCUCCAUAUUUGCAACAUCUGCUGAUAACCAUCUCAGUUACAGCUGCUGGAGGAAGAUCCUUUUUUAUAUGAAAACAAACUGCUGUAUAAUUUAAUAUCUCCACCUGACAACCUGGAGGUGAUUUGUUCUCGCUGUGGUCCAAUUCAGCCUGUGACAGACAUCUCUACUUUGAUGCAUUCCUCCUGCAUUCACCGCUGAAAUAAAGAAUCUUCUUACCAGCCUUUUGGCGCCAGAGGCUGACAGACAAAUGUGAGGUGAAAACUCAGUGUCAGAUGAGAAUAUAUAAGCAAAUAUCUCUUUACCACCAGCGUGAAGUCUGGUCUUUGUGCCAAAUCAGUGGACUCAAAGUGGCUUCAGGCUACCCUACUUCGAUAAAGUCUCAGAUCUUAGACUCUUCAGGCUACACUGUUGGUCCUACCCAACAUAAAGAAAGCUAGCCAUGACUGCAUUAAAAAACCUGCGACCCUCAUGAAGGUAAAUUUACUCUCUGACUCUACAUGCCAGUGAUUUAACCAUACUGGUUUGAAUUUGUCGGUUGUCAUGGGUGUUUCCCUGACAUUACAUGGCUUUUGAUAAAGUAGUGCUGAAGGGAGGGGCAACUUUGUUUCACUGCUGAGUUCAAGUUUUUACCAUUUUUUUUCAAACUGCAUAUCAGACGAUCAAUCUUUAUCCUGAUCUCUUUAGUUUUUAAUGAUCAGAAAGAUGAAUCAGUGUUCAUUUUAGUCUGUCUUAUACCCAACCAGUUUAGUUUUAAAUCUGCUAUCAUCAGAUUUGAUUAAUUGAUAUUUAGAAAUGUUGUGAAUUUAAUUUCUUAAAUGUUUCAACAGAAAUUUAAACUGACAAAUGGACUAAAGGUAAGAAAACAGCCAAAUUUGAGCGCAAUUAAUUCAACACAUUUAACAAAGAAUCACAGAGUCUGCUGGUUAAGGAUGUUAAUUAACUGGCUGACAUUAGCAGAGCUAACAACACCCACCAGCUGACAGUCUCUUAUGGAAGGCUAAGGUCUUCAAGUCUGGUUACACAUUGUAGUUGAGUGGUUAUAUAACAGUAUAACUUAGAGAUGGAUUGAUUAAUAAGGUAAUUGAAUAUGUUUUUAGAAUUGAUCAAAAUGCGAAAGACAAGAAUAAUGUGAUAUUGGCAUUCUAUUGAACUUAAGUUGACCUGCUCUGUAAAUAUCAGCAUUUGUGUCUGUCGACCACUGGUUUAACCAAAUACAUCCCAAACAACUUUAAAACUUCUGCCAUAAGUACACUUCACUGUAAAAUAGCAUCUGUCGUCUGUUCUUGUUUAAGUCAGGGUAGUAGAGCAUUAAAGCAUUCUGACAGGAGCCAUUGACCAAAGGGACAGACCUGGUUAGUGGUGGGUAAGGGUAGGGUCAAUAAAAUAUCAAUAUGUUUACCAUACUACAUCCACACUCACGAGUAAAUCUGUUUCUGUGUUCAGGUGUGAAUCCCAUGCUGAGGAAGGUGGCAGUGGCUGCUGCAUCCAAGCCCCAUGUGGAGAUAAAGCAGAAUGGCGAGCAUUUUUACAUCAAGACCUGGACCACGAUCCGCACCACAGAGAUCAACUUCCUGAUUGGAGAGGAGUUUAAUGAGGAGACGGUGGACGGGAGAAAGUGUAAGGUAAAGAUACUUUAAACUAUAAGGCUAUACAGAGCUCUAGAGAAGUAUGUGAGAUUAUACUCUGAGUUUAUCAACUGUCUUUCUGUACAUGAAUUCGUUUAUUUUGAUUAAAGCAAAGCAGGAAGUUGAGCUCCUGUGCACAGUUACAGUCUUAAAGGGAUGACUACAUGUUCAGGCGUAAUUUGAAUCAGGGAUUUUGCAACUCUCCCAGAACAUCUUUGCUCUUUCUGAAGUAAAAACCGGUGAACCUAAAUGCUCUACUUUACAAAAGUUGGGUGGUUUGUGGGCAACAGAUUACACAAAUAAUGGUCAAAAAUGAAACAGAAGAUGUUUGUUUUGGUUUCUGGUUUGGGUGAAGCUCCCACAAACUCUGAAUUCUGUAUUUGCCUCCCAUAAAGCAUCUUUCAUUGAAAUGUUACCCCAGAGAAACAGAUUACCUAAAACAAAAAGGGGCGAGGCAGUUUUACUCUUGAUAAGUUUGCUGAACUUUGCCUGUAAAAUAAGGUGAAAUCCCCUCUGGCUCUUAUAUUUUACUAAAUUUAUGGUAAAUGCCUGGUGAACAUUUUAUAAUACUUUUGAGAGAAAGAAACAGUGGAGUGAAACAUGUGAUACUCCCUCAUGGAGUAAUGGGACAAAAAGAUUAACAGAGUCCACACUGAUCUUUUGGACUCUCCUUUUAACUUGCUGUUUAGUAAAACAGGCAGUAAAUAUCAGAAACCUCAAUAAAGUCUUCUCUUCUACAGAGUCUGGCCACAUGGGAAAAUGAAAACAAGAUUUACUGCAAACAGACCUUACUAAGCGAGAGCGGCCCAAAGACAUUUUGGAGCAGAGAGCUUAAAGGGGAUGAACUCAUACUGGUGAGUAGUCCUGUUUAGUUUACUGUAACUACAAUUAUGGUGAUGAAUAAGAGGCAGCUGUGGACCUUCAUCAUACAUGAAAGCAUCUCUGUACUGAAAGACAAAUUAAAGUUUCACGUCUCCUCGGGAUCAUCUCUCGCUUCUCUUUCAAAACAAUCAAAGCUAAAAGACGUCUUUAUGAGUCAGAUUCGGAGAGAGAGGCUCUCAGCUGUUUUACUCCCAUCUGCCUGAAUGAGGAUGUCCAAACAAUGACUCUCAUUUCCAUCUGAAGUCUCAGCAGAUCGAUGACCAGAUGUUCAGAUGUUUUGUAGAGUGGGAUGAGGUGUCAGAUUUGGAGGUCACUGUCAGUAACAGCAGGGGCCUUUCCUGCUGCUUCUCUCUGUGCCAGUAAGGAAACCAGAGAUUGGCUGAAGGGACUGACUCUGACUUCGAACACUGCUGCUCUGACAGUGAAGUAUGGCACACCUGAAUAUUAAAACUAGAUACUGAUUCGACUGAGAAGGUAUCAGGCUGGGUUACCUUGCACACAUAGAGCUUGGAAACUGAGGGACAUCGCUAGGUUGUCUCUGUGCAAAAUACUCUAUGCUGCUGAGUAACUUAGCACAUACUGGUGCAUGUGGUUAAAAAUGUUCCAAGAUUUAAAAGGUCAAAUUUUUUCGUUUCUUUGUCCUCCAUGAUGUUAAAUCUGCAGCUUUAGUACUGCUGAAUGUAGUCAUCAAGAUUUGAAGACUCAAACUUGCAGUUUAGGACUUUCAGGAGACACAUUUUAUGACUAUUAGGCGACACUCAGCAGAUUACAAAGGGAAUUGAAACAAACAGAUUAAUUAGAGUUCUGGAUAGAUAACCAAAACUGGGAUUAUUUUCCAACAUUGAAGGCAGAAACCAAAUCUAACCAGAGAUAUAUUAAUUAGAUGGUGACACCAGAUGUUAAGAUGUAAACUGAUCUGGUCAAUAUUUGUCCAAAACACACUGUAGUUUUUUAAAAAUGUUCUGAUCUCUUGAGGCCUUUUGAAUAAAUCAUUCAAUUUUCUUGAGUUUCUCUGUUUUGCCAAAUAAGGGUGUGGAUAAAGAUGUCUGUAUCUGGGAGAUGUGAUAUUAUGAUUUAUUAUUUUUGAUGGGAAAAAAACAGGAGGAAAACACGUGGGUAAUUAGAUUAAGAGAGAGAUUUACAGAGUCUGGAAUGUAGAUCACAUCCCUGACUGAAUAAAAAAGAUUUUUAUCCUGCUGCUGGAUUCAGGAUCAAACAAAUAAGAGACACAAUGAGCUAAAAUCAAAUGUAUAUAAUGCUAUUUUUCAGUGACACGGUCUGGGUCUGGUCGAAAUCUUACUCUACAUUUCAAAAGAAGAAUAAAUUAUCACUUCCCUCCCAGACGUUUGCACUUAGACAGCUCUGUGUGAUCUUGCAUCCAUCAGAAACACUUCAGUUCCUGGCAGUUUCAGGAUUUCAGAGACAAAUCGUUUCUUUUCCUUUUUUUUUUUUACUGUAAACAUCUGGGUCUGGUUGAUUUUAUUGUCCAGAUGGACAACAAGAAAGAGGCCAGUUUUGAGGUGAUGAAGAUCUCUGUUUUACUGUUACGUGCCUCACAAGAACCAAUCAGGAAAAUAUUUCAGAGGGGCUGUGAUUUGGACCGAGAGGAAGGCUUUGAACAAGAGCAAAUGUGUUUUUAUUCAAGAUAAGGGUGUGUGUGUGUGUGUCCAUGUUGGCGUGAUGAGGCUGUAAUCUGAUCGGCAUGUGAGGUUAAAUUGUGGGUGAGAAAGUAUGAGACUUUAAAGGACACACUGUGCGUUUAGAUCAGAUACAUCCAUCAGUGUUCUGCGAGCUAAACAUCCGUUAAAGUGUCUCUGUGGUUUUUAUAUUUGAAUGAUGCUGAAGAGAAGAAACAAACGAUACUGAGAUAUGUCACUGUGAACUCUUCUAUGUGAAAAGGUUCUCAGUACUGGUCUGGGCUUUGGUCUAAACAGUGCAUCACUUCAGACUCCUCAAUUAAACUUGAGCUGUGCCUCACCCCGAGUAACUGCACUGUUAAUGUUGAAUUUACUUUAUAUGUUGAUAUUUGGGGUACAAGAUGGAGUGAUCGAGUGUCUUUCCUGUCUGCAACAGUUACAUUAACUUCUCAAUCAGCAUGGGACAAAGGUGUAAUGCCUCAUCUGUUAGCUAACGCCUAUGGUAGCACCAGUUUAGUAUUUUGUUGCCCGGGAAACUAAAACCUAACACAUCCCAUCCUCUUCUCCAGCUCGCUUUCCUCCCUCCUCACAUACAAAUCUGAUAAAUCCUUCAGCGUAAACAGAAAAAUUCACAUAAACUUGAAGAGAAGCACUGGCCAGCAGAUGAGGACAUAAGGCUCUCUGGGAGAGAUGGAUGGACGGAGGGCUUAAUGAAGACAGCAUGUGGCUGACUGCACUCGAUGUGAGAUGGGAGGACUUUAAUGACCACUGGGAGAGUCCACAGUGAAAAGGCAGAGGAGGAUAAAUGCUUAAGAAUGAAAAAUUACUCUUUUACUUAUCCAUGCAGGGAACCUUAUAUUCUUGCUUUACAUUUUAAGCCAAUAAUCAUUGAUUUUUAAAGAUUAAUACAGUCCUGCAUCGGCUACUUUAUAAUGAGACUGGAGCCAGGAGAAAUCGUGUGGCCGUGAUGGUGUCGGGGAGCUGAAUCUGUGUGUGUCCUCCUGCGGGAUUUAAUUGGUCUCAUUGAUCACGCUGUUGAGAAAUGCCAAUGGACCCUGGUGUUACCUCCAGAUAAUGUCUCCCUUGGCAUUGCGCCACGUGGCAGAUGGAGUCGUCUCGGCUCCAUUUUUCACCGCAGCGACUCGUUUCCCCCUCUUCCCGUUACAUUUCAUGGCCUGAGGUAAUGAUGAUGUGUGGCGCAGCAGUGAGCCAUAACGCUAUGCCCCUGGGACUCCCAUUAAUCUUUGGACUUGGACAUGUACACCCAUAACCCAAGGGUUGGGGGGGGCACCCAAUGAUUUUUUCUCUCCCUCAUUUUAGACUCAGUUUUUGUCACUUCUGUUUCUUUAGGAGGCAGCUGUGUGUAUCAGAUUGAAAAUGUGCCAUUAGAAGACAUUUAAGCAAUUAGAGGUGGAAAUAAAAAAGCAGCAGAAAUGAGUUGUACAUUGAAUAGCGAGAAAUUUAUAGGUCUACAAUGAAUAGAGUGGAAGAGCUGAAUAAAAAGAGUGGAUAAUUAUACUGAUAGCUCUGCAGCCACUUAUUCAUACCACCACAUUUUAAAGAGAUAAAAUAUUUUAUGCAAGUAAAUUAUGUUGUGCAUGCUAAUUGGAGUGUAUUAUCCCAAAUAUGCAAGCUGGGACAAUUACUUCAACUGCACCAAGAAAGGUUUAUCUAGGGAAAUCUGUGUGCAGAUGGGCUUUCUAUUCAAUAAGUCCAUCUUUAAAGCUACAACUGUAUUUCAUAGUUAAAUGUGUGAUACACUCACUGAAAUUUAAUCUCAACUUUUUGAAAAUGCAGAUUUUUACUUUUUGUAAUUUAAAGCCUCUUUUACACAUGCUCUCCUGACAUUUUCUGGAUAAUUUUAGGACAUUAUUUCCAGGAAACUACUAUUGGGUUUAUGGGGGGUGAAGGGGACUGGGAAGAGUGUGCAGGAGCAUGAGGAAGAGUUUUUUAUAACUGUGACUGUUAUGUAGUAAAAAUCACUGUAAUGUGAAAAAGGAUGUUUCAACAACAGAAACAAAACCAUUGAAAGUAAAAUACAGGAAACUACAAUCAGCAGGAAGAGUAUGAGAGAAGCUCUGCUUGGUGUCAGCUCACCUCUACUGCACUCUGACAUUUGAGUUGGAAGCUGACAGAAAAAAGUCCAGACAAGGUCAGGAUGAGCAGAUAAAGUUGUUCACACGUAACCCACACGGUAAAUGUCAGGAAAUUUUUAGGGGGGGGAAGUGAAUGUGUGAAAGGGGCUAAAGUGUGAGCUCUGGAUAAUGAGACCGUCUGAAUCACAAUGAAGCCGAGUCAAAUCCCAAUUACAUCUGCCUUUGUGCUUCUAAGAGUUAGGAAAUAAGAGUUUAGAUUUCUGAGAAAUGCUGCAUGACAUGACAGAAAUACUGAACAAAAUUCUUCUCCUGUUCGAUCUCGUUUCAGAUCUUUGGAGCCAAUGAUGUGGUCUGCACCAGGGUCUAUGUUCGAGUGUAGCCGACUUUCGAGUCCUUCAAAGUUCAAGUUUCCACUCAAAUUCAUCUUUCAGUUUGAAAACUGACAGCAUGAGAUUGUUGACAUCAAACUCCACACCUACAAAUAUUGGCACUUUUUUGUGAAAAGUUACAAUUCCAUCAGCUUUUUUAUGGCUUGUUUUUCCCUUUUGUGAAUAUUAUUUUUCUAUCAUUGGAAAUUAAACGAUCAAAGUGUAAUUUCUUUCAGUUUGAUUAAUUAUGUUUAAGGCUUCACUGAUAUUAUUACAGACUUUUGUUUGACAUAGUCAGAAAAAGGCCCGUAUUGACAAGGAAAAAGCAGGCGGUCAACGGAGUUUUCAU